CAAUGAUUCAAGAUGGCAGCCAUCUCUUAGUGUGCGCUGAAAAAAAGUAAUCGAACUUGGUUGUUUUAGUGAGAUUCAUGACUUCCAAACGUUCGCGGUUAGAUGCGGAUGGUUUUCCAGAGAACUUCACUUCUAAUAAGCGCCCUGUACCAGACUCAAGUGACGGAGAUACCUCCAUUUCGCCGGACGGAGACGGCCAUUUUGACUUUGAAGCACCAAGUGAUACAAAAGCUGCCAUAUUAUUCCUGAAGUCAGUUGUUCCACUGAGCAAGUUUGAAGGGAAAAUUCCAGCUAUUAUUCUCAAGCAUCAGAUAUAUUGUGUGGUGAAAGACAAAACACUGGUUGACAGACAGUUGAAUAAGCUUUGGGAGGAGAAUGUAAUUCGCCUUUUUAAACUGACCUCAGGGUCUGAUGAGUUUGGCGUUUUGCUCACUGAUGACUACAUUUCCCACAUCAAGUCCAGAGUGAGUGAUUCCAGCAUUCUUCUUACUAUAGACAAAUUUGUUAAUGAUGUCCUUCCAAGUCAUAUAGAUGUCAGUAUAAGUAAAACUGUUGCAGUUGGGAAAUAUAAACUCUCUGAGGAGGAGAUAACCCAACUUGUCAACACUGGUGUCCUUACAACCAGGGACAUUGGAAGCUGGUGGUUGUCUAUUCCUGGUGCAGGUAUCUUCAUGAAAAACUUUUCUAAUGGAAGAAAGGCUCUUAUUCGAAUGUUCCGACAACGGAAAUAUCGUGAGAUUCUUGAGAAGGAUCUUCUUACCCGUAAAUUCGACAGCCAUUCCAAACUUGGAAUAGCUUACCACGUAUAUGACAUAACCGGCGCUGAAAUUGUCAAGAGCGUGGAAACCACUUCAGGACGAUUGCUUAGACUGGAUAUCCAAUCAGAAAGCCGGGCGAGGUCUAAGAGAUGACACGUGAUUUCUUCUAAUUGGAAGGAUAGUAAUUGUUUCUGUGAAACGUUCUGCAGGAUAGCAAUUAUACAUUAAAAAUUCUUGUCUAUGGUGAAGACAUCUUGACUUCAUCUUACUCAGGCUUAAAUCAUCCUGAAAUGAUAGAAGACAUAAGAAGUGCGAUUAUAACAUCAGCUGUCCCUGUAAUAUUUAUAUUUAUUGUAUUCCUCCAGGUUCGAACUUAUUGUAUGCUGUGUGUUAUAUCUCUAUGUUGUGCAGUAUCAGAUUUUCAACCACAUGAAAAGCAACCUUUCAGAUGAAGGAAACGAAAUGUCGAUGGCUUUUAAAACUUCAAUAAAUACCUCUCAUAAACGAGACUGUAGAUGUCA